AUGGUUCCUAAAAUAGAAAGUACGACCAAAAAUAGAAGAAAUGGAGUGGCCUUUGUUAUCGACAAAUGCCCAACAAAAUUUGUGGAAGACUAUGAACCUAUCAACGACCGCAUAAUCAAAAUUACAAUAUCUUCCAGGCCAGUAAAACUUCAUAUUAUUCAGGUUUAUAUGCCUACUUCGGCUGCUUUGGACACAGUGUACACACAAAUUGAAAAUAUCAUCACAGAAAUACCACAGAAGGACUUAUUGAUAAUAAUGGGAGAUUUUAAUGCUAAGAUAGGCAAUACAGAAAAUGACGAUAAUCUACGGUGCAUUAUAGGAAAAUUUGGACUGGACACCAGAAAUGAGAGAGGAAAUAGACUCCUUCAGUUUGCAAUAAAGAACAGUUUUUCAAUAACUAAUACCGUGUUCAAACACCAUUAUCGGCGUCUUUCUACUUGGACCUCACCAACAGGUGAAUAUAAAAACCAAAUUGAUUAUGUCUUAAUAAGAACAAGAUGGAGAUCAUCAGUUAAUAAUGUCAGAGCAAGACCCGGAGCAUUCUGCAACUCUGAUCAUAAGCUACUAAAAGCGGAAGUAACAUUAAAACUCCAUACAACAAAAAAAUCAAAGAUCAACCCAAGACUUGAGACUACAGCUAGUUCAAUCUUACAACAGACUCUCCGAAAUUUAGACCCUCCAUUCUUUACAAAUAACCCAUAUGAUUUAUGGACACAAACAAAAAGUUGGAUUUUAACUGGAGUACAACAAUGCACCACACAACAUCGACCACAGAAAAAGAAACAUUGGUUGAGAAAUAAUAGCGUUACAGAUGAAAAGAAGAAAGAGCUAGAUAAAAGAAUCAAAAAGACUUAUAAGAAAGUCAAAAAUGAUUAUUUCGACAGUAUAUGCAGUGAAAUUGAAGUCCAUGCAAUUAAUAAUCAGAUUCAUGAACUUUACGAUAAAUUAAAGUCGGUGGAUGUUAUAAAAGCGUAUAUUACGAGGAUUCGAGAAGUAAAUCCUACUUUAAAUAUAAUUUCGGACGAAAGGUUUAAGGAUGCUCUACAAGAUGCAGAAAAAGCGGACCAAUUCAUCGAAUCAGAGAAAAAUUCUGUGAAAGUAUUAGAAGAUUUAUAUCCAUAUUUAGGAGUUCCAUUUACUACUAAGGAAUCGAUGUCAGUUCAAGGAAUGCUGAAUACCGCAGGCUUGUACAGUUCUAAGGGCAGAAGAGCAUCGAAAGAUUCCGACACCGUAGUACUUAUGAAAAAAGCUGGAGGAAUUCCGCUGGCUGUUACCAACGUGCCAGAGUUAACUAUGUGGUGGGAAACAUACAAUAAUGUGUACGGCAAAUCUAGAAAUCCGUACGAUCCUAGAAGAAUUGUCGGUGGAAGCAGCGGAGGAGAAGGAGCUCUUUUAGGUGCUGGUGGUUCAGUAAUUGGCAUUGGUUCGGAUGUAGGAGGUAGUAUUCGUAUACCAUCGUUUGUGAAUGGCAUAUUUGGUCUUAAGCCAAGCAAAGGUAUCGUUUCUAACAUAGGACAAGUACCGGACAACGGUCAUCUAUAUGAUGAUUUUCUCUCAACGGGACCAAUGUGUCGUUACGCUACGGAUUUGUUACCUAUGUUAAAAGUAUUGGCCGACAAAAAUGUAUCCAAACUUAGACUAGAUAGGAAGGUUAGUUACGUUUUUAAAAGACAAUAAUCAAAUAAUUUAUCAGUCAUGGACCAUAACACUAUAUACCCAUUUUUAUGGUUCCGACUCACUUUUCCAGAAGCUGUUUUCCAUAGUCUUAGUACUGUACUGUAAAUAAAGGUUUUACUUCUAAAACGAAUUUCAAGUAUAUAACAUCACACAUUUGAAAAAAAAGCAUAUAUUAUAUUCAUACUUAUUAUUUGUUUUAAAACAUUUUAAAGUUCAAAAGCCAAUGAAGACAAAGUUCUUUGCCAGUAAGAAUUGUCCUUUUUCAUACCACAGGAACACAAAAUCAUUUCUCGACCUUUCAAGGUCCCCUUUGAAAAAUGUAAAAAUAUUGGUGGGGGUCAUUUUUUGAUGAUCGUUACACUUUUUCUCUGUUAUAUAUGUAGUAGCCAGCCAGGAAAGUAAAAUUGUUAAGUCAUGUGUCAUCAGUUAGAGUUUAAAAAUUAUAGUUUGUAUAGCAAAAAAACUAAAAUAAAAAAGUUACUAAAGUAUAUUCAUAAUUAAAAGGAAAUAAUUAAAUAAAAAAGGAAAAAUUUUUCAUUUAAAUAUUAAAUUCAGUCUUCAUAAAAAUCAUCUUUUAUACAAUAGAUUCGGGACAAUUUCGAGACAAUUUCGGGAAUUUAGUCAGACAAUAUGGCGACUCAAUACGUGCGGUAAACUGAUGUGAUGAGAGUUGUGACAGAAACUGUUGUAUAUAUGCGAGAUAUGUAUAAAUAUUGGAGCUGGAAUCGAGAAAAAGGAACGAAAAC